AGGAUCAGUCGGGCAUCCUCGCGUCAGGACUUGACUACUCAUCCUGCCUUCGCCUCACCGCAUAUAACCUGUGCUGUUCAACAAGGAUUGAACCAUAUUCUUUCAAUUCUACCUAUACUGCUUCUCAUUGACACGCGAGCUGAAGCCCUUUCUGAGCAACAAAUCUGCGCUGGACACGUAACUCUAAGCCUCAAACUCAACAUGUCUGACCCAUCUGCGUCGGCCAUAACUGACCAUGUUGGUCUGGGCGACGUGCUCAGUACGCUCAAAUCGAUCCAGCUGACCCAGGCCAGCCUGGUCACCGCCGUCGAAUCUCUCUCACGUACAGUCCCGCAGGCGGCCACCGGAGCAACCAUCGACGCCCGGUCAGCCGGUCCGAAUGAUCUGGAUCAGAGUCUCGACAGCAACAAUGUCGCUGAUCUGCGGGCCUCGCAACAUCAUGUUGCAACUUCUGAGGGUCCGGAACUGCAAGCACCUGCCGUACCGUCAUCGCCUGAGCAGCGAUCUGGCUUCACUUCCCGGAUUGUCUUAACACCGGACUUCACCAAUACGGAACCUGCCUCCCGGAUUGGACCCUUCCCUCAAUGGGGAGAUGAGAAGAAGAUUGUGGCCAUGGAUCCAUGGGGGCAUCUCGCGCCUUGGCUGUUCAAAGACACCAUCGAGAACGAAAAUGUGGACAUUCGUCCUACCAUUGCCAUUACGAAGGCUCACAUGAAGCUUCCCGAGCUCGCCGAGAGUGUCAAGAGUGGAAGGCUGUGA